UAAAUAAGUUGUCAAUUUUCGGUACCUAAUGUGAUACUAUUUAUGUCAGAAGUCUUUGUGGAGUCACUCUGGAGUCACUAAAGACUCCAAAGCAUAAUUAACAACAAAGUCACGUAGCCCCGCUACUCUCUACGCAGAAAUCGUUGACCGCAUGCUACCUCAUGCAAUAGUCGUACGUUUAAAAAAAUGUGUCUGCAGUAUUCACCGAACUUCCACCUGAGAUGAUCACUGCUCAGCUAUCACGUAGAAUGCUUUUGACGUCAUAAGGAAUUCUUUCGUCUUGCAUUUAAGUUCUGAACUCGCUGCACUUCGCUCCAGCGGACUUGCUUAUUAUCACUUACUGGCACUGUAGCACUCUCGCUCUCUCGUAGUUUUCUCUCUGUUCGAUUGCCACUUUUCGUUCUGUGAACCCAACAAGUUCGCUAAGAAUCGAACUAUUUGUCAAGAUAGCACCGCCAGUGGAGACGAACCUACUACAUUGAGUUUUGUUUUUAAGUUUGCACAGAACAAUUUUGCACUUCAGUUUUCCAGCUGAAAUCGAAGUCUCUUGACGUCCCGGGUGCGGUGUUGUUAACACUUCCAUACGGCAUAAAAACAAAAAACUAAAAAAAAGAAGAAAGAAAAAAUAAGAAAAUAAAAACGCUGAAUGAUAAUAAAUGCGAAGUGAAAUAAUUAUUUUUUACUAAAAACAAAAACACAAAAAAUACAAAAAAAAGUCCAAUCUUUUACUAAAAAUAGCACAAAUAUGUACGGAUAUUACAUUUUAUUUAACUUGUUUAUAACGCUUGUCAUUCUGUUAAUUGUUUAUGUCAAGAAUGUGUACUCUUACUGGCGUCGGCGUGGCAUACCGCAUGAACGUCCAACGCCUCCGUUGGGUAAUCUUAAAGGUUUGGGACGUACGUUUCACUUUCGUGACAUGAGCCUGCGCUACUACAAACAAUUCAAAGGCUCUGCACCAUAUGCCGGCAUGUAUUUUUUUUUUUGGAAAGUGGCCUUAGUGUUGGACUUAGAACUUGUCAAGCAAAUACUGACAAGCAAUGCGAAUCAGUUUCAAAAUCGCGGCGUAUAUCAUAAUGUACGCGAUGACCCGCUGACUGGUCAUCUCGUGGCACUAGAGGGCAAGCAGUGGCGUGCUAUGCGUAAUAAAUUAACGCCUGUCUUCACAUCCAGCAAAAUGAAAUUUAUGUUUCCCACCAUAGUCACAGUGAGUGAACAUUUCGCUGACGCUUGUCAGACCAUGAUGCAGUUGGACUCAGACCAGAAUGUCGACAUAAAGGAUUUGAGUGCACGCUAUACCACCGAUGUUAUAGGUACAUGUGCCUUCGGUAUUGAGUGUAACAGCCUGCAGGACCCAAACGCAGAGUUUCGUCAUCGUGGACGCAGCAUAUUCGAAAAACCUCGUCAUACUCCAUUAAUACUCUCGUUACUUAACAGAAAUAUGAAUUUGGCACGUUUGUUACACAUUAAAGUAAUUCGUAGUGAUGUAAGUAAAUUUUUCUUGGAAGUCGUAAAGAGCACAGUGCAGUUCCGCAUCAAAAAUAACGUUAAAAGAAACGACUUCAUGGACUUGUUAAUUGCGUUAAAAGCCAGUGAUGAAGAAGCAGGAAAAAGUAGAGAUGGUAUUGACUUAUCACAUGGUCUGACUAUUGAACAAAUGGCAGCACAGGCUUUUGUUUUCUUUGGUGCUGGUUUCGAUACUUCUUCCACAACUAUGGCCUGUUGUCUGCAUGAACUGGCGCUUCAAACCCCAAUACAAGACAAAGCACGGGAUGAAAUAUUCAGUGUACUUUCGAAACAUAAUAAUGAAUUGACUUAUGAAGCAAUGAAUGAUAUGCACUAUCUAGAGCAGAUAAUAAUGGAAACUCUACGCAAACACCCUGUUCUACCAAACUUAAUUCGCAAAACUACUACACAUUUCCAAGCCGGUUCCAAUCGCUCUCAUUGCCUAGAAGAGGGUAUAACAGUCAUUGUGCCAGUUCAUGCCAUUCAUCAUGAUCCGGAAUUUUAUCCAGAACCAGACUUAUUCGAUCCAGAGCGCUUUACACAGGAAGCAAUUAAAGAGCGUCCACAAAUGUCGUACUUGCCGUUUGGUGCUGGACCACGUAACUGCAUUGGUCUUCGUUUCGGAAAAAUGCAAGCUAAGAUUGGACUUAUAACCUUACUAAGAAGAUUUAAAUUCACUACUUCAAGCCGUACGGAAAAUCCUAUAGAAAUCUGCAACCGCAACUUUAUGAUAAGACCUAAAAAUGGCGUUUAUCUACGCGUCGAUCCCAUAUAAAUCACUUAAAAUUUACAUGUGAUGUAUAUGUAAUUAAAUUUGUACUUAAA